CGGCGGCCCCUCCGGCGAGGAGGCGAGGCGAGGCGGGGGCGGCGACUUGCAGGAGGCGUGAAGAUCCCGGCGGAAAGAUGUCGCCCACCCAAGCCCUGCAGCUCUGGUGCAAGCAACAGUGCGAAGGCUACAAGGACGUCUCCGUCACCAACAUGACUACUUCGUUCCGGGACGGGCUGGCCUUUUGCGCCAUUCUGCACCGCCACAGGCCGGACCUCAUAGACUUCACUUCCCUGAACAAGGAAAACGUCUUUGAGAACAAUGCACUGGCUUUCCAAGUUGCGGAGAAGGAGCUGGGCAUCCCGGCUUUGCUGGACGCUGAAGAUAUGGUGGCCCUCAGAGUGCCCGACCGGCUGAGCAUCCUCACUUACGUCUCCCAAUAUUACAAUUACUUCCAUGGCAAGUCGCCCAUUGGAGGGAUGGCUGGAAUCAAGCGCCCAGCUUCCCAACCCAGCGAGCAGCCGACUGAGAAAAAAGUGGUUCCCGAGCCGACGGUCCCGAGUUCAAGGCAACCAGCCAGGCGACCUCUUUAUCUUGAACCCAAAGCAGAGCCAGCUGUGGUGGGGCGUAGGCUGGCGAUGGAUACCUCUCCGACAGUCGAAAGACGGGUCUUAGCCGAGAAGAACAAUGCCCAACCGAGCAACUGUGCCAUCUGCGGAACUCAUGUCCACUUGGUGCAACGCCUCCUGAUGGACGGGAAGCUGUAUCACAGGAAUUGCUUUAGGUGCCAAAAAUGCUCCGGCACUUUACAAAGUGGAAACUACAAAGCUGGAUGUAGACCGGGAACCUUCCUUUGCAAUCGCCACGCGGGAGUUGACCUCCCUCAGGGUCCUCCGGCCCAGGAGAGCCGGAUGGAAAAGAAGACGGUCACUUCCAAGACCCCUGCAGGGAAUUGUGGGAAGGGGUUGGAACCAACGCAGGCAGCCUCGCCGGUGCCCAAACCACGUCGGAUCUUCCAAAACAAUGUGACUCCCCAACCACCAGCCGCUCAGGAACCGACCAAUUCCUGGAGUCCUAAAACCAGCAGGAUCUCCACAAGUCCGAAUUUUCCUCGGUUGCACCCUCCUGCCCCAAAGCCGGACCCACCGGUGUCUUCCUCUUUGACAGAGGUGCGCUCCAGAAUCCAGCAGGCUCGGGAAAAGUUUUUCCAGGCUGAUCCAGCCUCUUCCGACAUCCCUGCGAGAAAACUCGAACCGGCGAGAAAUCACAGCUCUCCUCUCCAGCCUGCUCAAGUCUCUGAGAAAACAGCCCUCUCUCGAACUCAGGUCCCCCCCAGCAGCAGCGACAGCAAGAAAGACGAAGCCCGGAGCAUCCUUCAGCGCGUCUUACCAGGACCGCAGCCCUCGACCAGCCAGCCAGGAGGGGUUGGCGCUGCGGUGCCCCGAUCUUUGGCAUACAACAGCCCGUCUUCUCCUGCCCUCUCCGGUUCACGGGGUCUUCAGCUCCAGAAUCCCCCAACUAGCAAACCCUUUAACAAACCAGCUUUUGCAGACACACCAAGAGGGGCAGAAACAUCGCAUCUGGUUGUGAAUCUCCCCAAGGAUCCUAGCCACAAAUGGGCGGUCGGAAUUGAGCCCCAGAACAAAAUCAAGGAUCGGUCCAUUGGCACAUCGGCCAACACUGGACGUAAAGCGGACCCCAUGGUGGUUAAAGGUGCCCAAGGGACAGAAGAGAAAUUGGAGAGCCCAGAAGACUGGAGAUCAAUGCUGAAGCCGGUCAAACCCCCCCGCCAGGAUGGAGCCAAGCUUUCCCCAAAACCUACGGAUGUUCACAAAGUGGAGAUCAACGUACAGGUGAAACCGGGACCAAACGCCAACAAGCCGUCUCUUUCUGUCAUCUCCCCAGCAGUUCCCAAUCCUGCACUGCUGGCUUUUCAACCCCAGAAGGAGAAGCUGUUGGUGGCACAUCCGGAUGUGUCCAGCAGCUGGCAGAAAGCGAAGAUGCCGUGGGAAUCUCAACCAGCCACCGCCAAAGCGGAGAAAUGGAGCCCGUCAAAAACAGUGGUUGCGCCCGCCCGGCCGUCCUCUCCUGGAACCUUCCGGAAGCCUCUGAGCGAUCAAGUGAUCUCUCCCACCAAGCUCCACCCGGAUUACGUCCCCGAGGAAGAGAUCCAGAAGGAAAUCCGGCAGAUUGGAAGAGAUCUGGACAAGCUGGAGCAGAAGGGCAUUUCCUUGGAGAAACAGCUGCGGGCUUGCGAGGGAGAUGAUUCCGAAGAUGCCCUGAUGGUGGAGUGGUUCAAACUGAUCCACGAGAAGCAGAUCUUGCUGAGACGGGAAUCCGAGCUAAUGCACAAGAUAAACCAGCAGAAACUGGAAGUGAAGCAGUGGGAUAUUGAGACCGAACUGCGGACUCUCAUCGGCAAAGCCGAUUACUUGAAGACUUCGAAGGAGAAAGCUCGGGAGAAGGAACUCCUUGACUCGUACUUGGACACGGUCAACAAUCGGAACAAAAUUGUAGAAAACCUGGAUGAGGACAGACUCAGGGAACUGGAAGAAGAUGAGAUCUUCGUUGACAUGAUCAAGAAGUUUGGUGUGUCUCGGAGCCCCCAGGAAAAUGAAAAAAAGAAAAACAAGUUUGGCUUUUUCCGAAUAUCGAAACCCAAGAACUGAAUCCACGGGUGGGGAAUGCAAACGAAGGCGCUUCAUCACCUACGGAUCUAUUUGCUGUUCGGAUAACUUUGUUCCUAAGGAGGAUAAGUUUUUGGGCUGCCCCACGGAGGGGAAAAAAUGGAAGCAGAAGGAGAUCUCCCAGGAAAUGCUUGGAUAGUGAGGAGCAAAGCCUUGGGGGGAAAUAUGAAUGCAGCAAUCCCUUUGCCUUUGGAAACAUUGGCCAAAAAUCCAAGUGAAGUUUGAGCAUCUUCAAACGAAGCUUUUCAGCAGCUGAGAUUCCAGGGAUGCCUUUUUCUCUAUCUGCAGGAGAAUUUGAGGUAUAUGGCUGCCCCCCGUUUGUUUUUUUUUCUGGUGGGACUGUACCAUUUCAUUUUUCCAAGAAGAGAGAAACUUCCCUUCCGACUUUGGAUCAAGCAGCAAUAAAUAAGAUUUCUUUCAGUUCGUCUCCCUGCAAGGAUUUCCGUGCGAUCCCAGGGAGAAAUCGCUUUCUGGACACCAGGUGGCGCUGUAGCUCUCAGCAGGUCUGUUUGCAAGGGACUUCAGAAAAAACAAAUUCUCAGGAAUUUUCAUUCAAAAAUCAUCACAACUUUCACCCCCUGGACUUCCAUUUUCAUGAUUUGAAGAACCAGAUUCACUCCAGAACUGGCCUGUGGGGUGAUUCAAAUGGGCUUUUUUUUUUUUUUUACUUUUGUACAUUGUAAUAAAACUAGAAUGUUCUAUGAUUGACAGUUUGUGAAUUUGGAGGAAAGGGACGGUAGAUGUCCAAAGUUUUUGUAAAAUCUAGAUUUCAUCUUCUGGCUGACCCAGAAGCUUAAGGGCAAAGCCAUUUGGCAGAGGAGGAGGAGGAGGAGGAGGAGGGGGGGGGGAAGAAGAAGAAGAAGAAGAAGAAGAUUACCUCUUUCAAUCAGGAGCAUCUUUUUUAUUAAAAUGGUAUUCAGAUGUUUGGAGGGGUCAGUACCUUUGUUGCUAAGAGUAGCAGAGAAAUACUUGAAAUAACUUGCCAGAUAAUUGACUGAGAAAGGUGCAGUUGAGGUCCAGGUAGGCCACAGGCACUUUUGAGACCAUUUAGCCAUUAAAGCAGUCUUGGUGGACUUAGCUGGGAGAAAACAGUGGAUGGGAUUCAGUUGGAUUUGGUUCUUCAAUAACUAGAGUGAAAUUCUGCUUUGGAUAGGAGAAAAAAAAACAUCUCCUUUUAGUACCCUUGACCCCUAUAAGUGUCACGGAAGUCUAAGGAGAUGGACCAGCAGAGUGGUAGACUUGACCAGAAAACCAUGGAGACAUCAGGCUAGUAGCUGAUAUUUAUCCAGAAGUUGUUGCAUGACCUGAAACGGACAUGAGUUAUGAGCAAACCCAAUUCUGAAAGAAAAACUAGACAUUGGGGGCAGAAGAGCUAGAGAAGGAUCAUGGUGAGGACCAAGCACGAAGACUAAGGCUUUGAUACAACCCAGCCUUCACGGAUUGCCCCAUUUGGGUCAACUGACAGGGUUUGGGUGGGCCAGAAGGAUGGAAAAAGUGACUCCAGCUUCUUGGAAUGGACCUAAACCACGAGUGGAAUCCCGAAUGCAAAAAUUCAGGAGACUUUCUUGAGGGACAGUUGCUUCCAGUAAGUUGGCCAAGGGAAGACCAAGCCCAACAAAGUCCCGGAAACCUCAAAACUUUGACCCAACCUCUUUCAACUUUCACAUCUUUGCAAGUUGACUGUAUGAUCAAAGCCCCCUCCCCAUUAUUCUGAAGAUGUUGGAGUUGGUGAGAGAGGCCGGUGGGCUUUCCCAGUAUCUGGAGUCUGCUAAGGACCGUUUUUAGCCAAAAAUAAUAAAUAAAUAAAUGAAUGAAUGAAUGAAGAAGUAAUGCUUGGCAGUCGAGAAGCAGCAGAUGCUUCCUCCCCGCCUUUCGUUCUUGCCCUUCUUUUGUUUGUGUUCGUUUGAUGCGUGCAAGUGUGUCGUUUCAAUUUAAGCAAUGCUCUUUUUCCUCCGCAGCAUAAAACAUUUAGCAAUGAAUUGAUUACGAUUCUGUUUGAUUGCCGGCAGUGAGAACGAGCAGCAAGUGAGCAGAGGAAGCAGGGAUGACAGACAGCGGAGGGAAAAAUGUCAGUUUCCAGGCACCCGUCACAACAGCGCCAAAAUCUUGGUUUACUUUCUAUCUUGUGAAACGUUGCUCCAGGCAGCGUAGUUUUCGGUUGAAAAUGGGAAUAUUCCAGAUUCAAAGCUUUUAGGAUAUUGGAUAGACAUCAGAGGAGGCUUCCAGGUCAAACUGGACGGGCAAAAUUAUAAAUUCACAACCAUCCUUUAUUUAUUUAUUUUUUUUAAAAAGAAAAAAAAAACCCUUUCCAUUCCAUCGGUGGAAGAAUUUGGGAAGGUUUGCAGUUGCACAUGGUGGCUGUGUGCAUGUAGAAAUUUGGGUCUGUGCAUGAAUUUAGCUGCUGUGGUCCAAAUUUAAGAAGUCCAGUUGUUCCCAGCUUGGAGCAGAUCAAGCGAGAUGGGUCUUCUGUGGUGUUUCAGAAGGAGCAAUCUGGUUCAGAAGGUAGCUUCCAUCUCCUAGUUGCUCCACACCUGUGGUUGCCCCAAAUGCUAAACUUGUAUUGAUGGAUUGGGCCAUUUUGCAAGUCUCCACUUAUCUUGAGCUACUGCAUCAUCCAAAUGGCAAAUGAUGGCCACAAAGUCAUCUGGAUGUACCCUCUACACCUAAACCAAUGAUUUACCUCCCCUCCUAGGUGUUGUGGUCCGCCGGCAGCCUGCGCAGCUGACAACGGAGUCAGACAGCGAUGAAGCUGAGGAAGAACAUGGGCCAGUCCUGGAGGCUGGGGAAGGCCCGGAUGAGGGCUCUGCAUGGGAGGCAGAAAUGGGGCCAGGGCCAUCGGGGAGUGAGGCGCGAACUCCGGAGCCUCCAGAGGCUGACAGUAGUGAGGCAGAGGAACAGGAGGAGCCUGUUCCUAAUGCAGGCAUGAGAAGAGCUGUCAGAAGGCAAGAGCAGCUCAAGCAAAGAGGUCGACUCGGGUAGGGUCAAGAGAUGAUUGGCCCCUCCCAUAAGGCUUAAAAGACCAGAAACGCGGUUUAGCUCUUUGCCGGAAAACAACGUUGAUAGAAUUGCUCCUUGUCUUGCUGCAUUUAUUUCUUGUCGGCAUCUUCUGCUUUUGAACUUUUGCCAAGAAAAGCCUUUGGCAGUUUGCCGAAUUAGACCAAGGUUGGUAAGAACCAGGCUAAUGCAGCCUGUUAUUAACACACAGCUGCCUGCAGUUACAAUUACUGCAGGCUCGAGUCCCACCAGGCCCAAGGUUGACUCAGCCUUCCAUCCUUUAUAAGGUAGGUAAAAUGAGGACCCAGAUUGUUGGGGGGGCAAUAAGUUGACUUUGUAUAUAAAUAUACAAAUAGGAUGAGACUAUUGCCUUACACAAUGUAAGCCGCCCUGAGUCUUCGGAGAAGGGCGGGAUAUAAAUUCAAAUAAUAAUAAUAAAAAAAAAAGAUUGAAGAA